CCCUUGCGGACUCUCACCAUCUUCAUACCGAACACAUAAACCUUCCUCUUUUCUCAUCACCUCUACAUCCUCCUCAGCCCAAAAUCCUGCCGGAAAGUCGUCGAUAGCCAUAGCUGCGCCCCUCCCUUUAAGGUCAUACUUUGUUGAGUGGAUACGGUUGGAGUUGAGCAAGAAGAAGAAGAAGAAGAAGGAGAAGGAAAUGGAAGGUGAGGCGACCUAUGUUAGCGAUCUUGAUAACCUCAAGGCGACCGAGCUAAGGCUUGGGUUGCCUGGGACCGACGCACCUGAGAAACCAACGCCAGCGAGCCCAAGAGGGAGCAAACGGGCACUACUGGCCGCUGAUGAGGAGUGCCAGAGCAAGAGCAAGUCCCUGGGGGCUGACUCAAGUGGCCAAGAAGCUGCACCAGUGGCUAAGGCACAAGUCGUUGGAUGGCCACCAAUUCGAUCAUAUAGGAAGAACAGCUUCCAAGCAAGGAAGGCAGAGGAGGAGGCUGCUGGGUUGUUCGUGAAAGUGAGCAUGGAUGGAGCUCCUUACUUGAGAAAGAUUGAUCUCAAGGUGUACGAGGGUUACAAGGAACUUAGAAAGGCACUAGAGAACCUGUUCAAAUGCUUUUCUCUAGGAGAGCUUUCAGGGAUGGAAGGGUGCAAUGGAUCAGAGUAUGCCAUCACCUAUGAAGACAAAGAUGGUGACUGGAUGUUGGUUGGAGAUGUACCAUGGGAGAUGUUCAUCUCCUCUUGCAAAAGGCUUAGGAUAAUGAGUGGAUCUGAAGCAAGAGGCAUGCGAUCAAGUCCAUGACACCUCGCCUACUUGCAAAGAAGAAAUGAAGAGACGGACGCCAUCCCAUGAGAGAAGUAGACUUCUUAUUUGUUCGGGUUCGCCAACUUCAUGAGAGUUUGUAAAGAAAAAGAGGCGAUCAUCUUAUCAUUCCCCAACUCACAAAAUCGAAAAGAGAGCAAAAGAAAAAGAAUGAAAUCAAGUAGACAUUUCUUUGGGGUCAUUCAUCUUGUAUUACUUUCUUUUUUGAUAUCUUAUAUUAUUUUCAUUCCAUGUCAAAACUCCACAUGGAGAGACGAAGGCCAUGCUUUCCUGCAAUUGUACAAAGAAAAUUUACUUGUUUGUUAUCUAUGUGGAAACUAGCACGUAAUUAAUACCAGAGAUCUAA